AUGCUCCUCAAGGGACCAGAUCUGCUGACUCCUCUUGCUUCGGUGCUGUGCAAAUUUCGAGAACGGCCGGUAGCUGUGUGCGGGGAUCUGAAACAGAUGUUUCAUCAAUUCAGAAUACGCCAGAAAGAUGCGCACAGCCAACGGUUCUUCUACAGAGAGCAUCCUUCGCAACCGGUCAGGACUUUCGUAAUGGACGUUGGUACCUUUGGAGCCACAUGCUCCCCUUGUCAAGCUCAGUACAUAAAAAACCUUAACGCAGAGGAAAACGAAGAUGAGUUCCCGGAGGCAGCAGAUGCAAUUAAGGAGAAGCACUAUGUCGAUGAUUAUCUCGACAGUUUCGACACUGAAGAAGAGGCGAUCAAGGUCGCGCUGGAAGUUACGGAAGUUCAUGCUCGCGGAGGCUUCUGCAUCCGGAACUGGCACUCUAAUUCGGACGCUCUUCUAAAACGGGUCGGGGAACCCAGUGCAGAGCAAUCAAAGGCUAUCAGCAUCGAUUCAGAAAACGGAGCCGAACGAGUUUUGGGCCUCUUAUGGUUGCCAAAAGAAGACAUCAUUGCCUUUUCGAGCAACCCACAGCUGCAUGAUAUUGCUCCAACGAAGCGGAACAUCCUGCGUUGUGUCAUGAGCUUGUUUGACUCGCAGGGAAUCCUAUCACACAUCACGAUCCAAGGACGGAUGAUCAUCCAGGACACCUGGCGCAAUCAAACCCAGUGGGACGACGAGGUUGCUGAAGCUAUUCGUUUGCGCUGGUUCCGAUGGAUAAAACUGUUCGAGGAGGUCGGUCAAAUGAGGCUCCAGAGAUCCUACUUUCCUGGUUAUACUGCUGCAGAGGUCGGCUCAGUAGAGCUCCACGUUUUCACGGAUGCCAGUGAAGAAGCGUUCGCCUGCGCAGCUUACUUUCGAGCUACGAUAAUGGGAAAGGUGCACGUUAUGCUGGUGAUGGCCAAGGCAAAAAUAGCACCAUUGAAAUCUUUGUCAGUACCACGGCUGGAGUUGAUGGGUGCUCUGCUGGGAGCAAGGCUAGCUAAGGCGGUAAAGGAGUACCAUACGCUCUCGAUCGCUCGCCGUGUAAUGUGGACAGACUCACAAACUACAUUGGCGUGGGUCCGAUCGCAAUAUCGUCACUACCGACCGUUCGUGGCGUUCCGCGUGGGAGAAAUUCUAAGUAAGACGGAAGCCACUGAAUGGAGAUACGUUCCCACGCAACAUAAUCCAGCUGACGACGCUACCAAAUGGGAUAAAGGUCACAGCAUAGACGUAACAUCUCGUUGGUUCCGUGGACCUGAAUUUCUUCACAGGCCGGAAAUAGAAUGGCCGGAGCAAAGGUCGACGCAGUCUUGGGAGACCGAUGAAGAACUACGUCCCAGCAUGGUGCACCGUGAAAACCUCGACGAAAAUGUCUACCAGAUCGGCAAGUUUUCCAAGUGGGAACGUUUGUUAAGAGUGGUGGCAUACGUUCAUCGCUAUAUCGCAAACUGUUAUUGGAAAAGCAAGAAGCGGGAGCUGAUCACGGGAUAUUUGCGGCAGGAGGAACUGCGGGAUGCAGAGAACGGCUUGUGGCGUUUAGUGCAGGCAUCUGCGUAUCCAGAGGAAGUACUCGUACUGAAACAAGAAGAUGGGAACACGAAGAAGCGCAUCGAGAGGACUAGUCCGGUCUACAAACUGUCACCGUUCCUAGACGAGCACGGCGUCAUGCGAGUGGACAGUCGUAUUGGUGCAGUUCCGUACGUUACGUACGACUUCAAAUUUCCGAUAAUCCUGGCUCGUCAUCAUCAUCUCACCAAGCUGAUAGUCGACUAUCAUCACCGACGGUAUCUACAUGCUAACCACGAGACAGUACUCAAUGAAGUUCGCCAGCGACUCCACGUUUCUAAUCUUCGUACUGUUGUUCGGCAAGUUAUAAAGGAGUGCCAGACAUGCAAGAUCACCAAGGCAGCUCCUGUACAACCAAGGAUGGCUCCCCUUCCAGAGUCACGCCUAGCGGCCAUGGCACGUCCGUUUUCUUAUGUUGGACUGGAUUACUUCGGACCUAUUCAGGUCCGCCUCGAAAGUAGCUGCGUCAAACGGUGGGUGGCUUUGUUUACAUGCCUGACUGUGAGAGCCGUACACCUGGAGGUCGUUCAUUCCCUUUCAACGGAAUCGUGCAAAAUGGCAGUCCGCCGUUUUGUGGGUCGCCGUGGGUCACCCCUCGAGAUUCGCUCAGACAACGGCACAAAUUUUCAGGGAGCCAGUCGAGAGCUGCGCGAUCAGAUCGUAGUCAUCGAUCACCAGCUGGCAGAAACCUUUACCAACUCUAACACAAAAAGGACCUUUAACCCUCCAUCCGCUCCACACUUCGGUGGUUCAUGGGAGCGACUCGUGAGGUCAGUCAAGACAGCACUCGGUUCACUGUGCACGGAAAGGAACCCGGACGAUGAGACACUGUUGACGGUUAUCGUUGAAGCUGAGUCUAUUGUGAACUCUAGACCGUUAACAUCCAUCCCCCUGGAAAGCGUCUACCAAGAGGCCCUGACGCCGAACCAUUUCAUCUUAUUGAGCUCCAGCGGAGUCGCACAACCUCCUACGAUUCUGGCGGAGCCGCCUAAAGUUACCCGUACGAACUGGAAGAUGGCGAGACAACUUGUAGAUCAUUUCUGGCGACGCUGGAUUCGAGAAUACCUUCCGACGAUUGCCAUCAGAAGUAAAUAG